AUGAAUGUCCGGGAACCAUUGAACAUCGAUGAUGAAGGAAUCCGGGGCAGAGCGGUUGCCACACCAUCACCAAUGUCGGAGCCAACCCAGAUGUCCUUCACUCUUCAGCGACUCAACCUGGCAGUCGUAUGCCGCGAAAUAGUGGACAUGACGGCCUACGAACACAUGCAUGGAAUCGAUGUUAGCUACGACAAAAUUCUCGAAUUGGACCGCAAGCUGCAUCAAGCAUAUAACAAUCUCCCGGAAUUCUAUCGGCUCGAUACUGUUUCCAGGCGUCGUUUUGCAGCCCUCUAUCGUAGCCGACCGACGAUUGCAUGGCAGAGGUGUCUUUUGCAGCAAGCUUAUCAUUCGCGUUUCUGCCGACUGCACCGUCUGUACUUCAUCCGGGGAGCCCGAGAGCCCGCGUAUUCGUAUUCGCACGUAAUCUGCCUCCAGUCUGCGCGUAAAGUGCUGGAAAUCAAGAGAAUCAUGGACGAGGACGAACCAAAGUUCAUGCCGCCAACAUCAACAGUCUGGUCUGUGAUGCAUCACGUUUUCAUGGCUGCAGUGAUCCUUCUGAUGGACGUGUGCUUCAACUGGGAUGACCUUCUGGCUGAUAAAAGGAAGCAAGAGGUGCUUGAUGCAUGUCGUAUGCUCAGCGAGGCUCAACGAACAUCGUCCUUGGUUAGCCAGGGUAUCCAGGCUAUGAUGGACGUGCUGCAGAAGCACUGGAAAAGUGGAAAACACUCCUCUGCCGAUGGACAGCCUUCGAAUUUACCGUCAUCACCUGCCUUGGCUCCUGCUGCUGUUGCAGAGCCAGCGCAAAUCGUUUCCAAUCAUGACUCGGCAAAUACGAAUGAUAAGAAAGAUGAUCCGUCCGCAGAGACCUCUUUCCAUUUUGAUCAAAAUGAGGGUCAAGAGCGGCCACUGGAAGAGAUAUGGACGGAGAUGCUUGACAGUGGCGGCGACCUGAACUUUGCGACGCCAGACUGGACGGACUUGUUGACCGACUUGACAAAUGCCACGCUGCCUUGUAACUAA